UCAGAAUGUAUGCUGGCUUCGUGAUAUCAUGAUGAAAAUUAAGAAACAAUAUAGCCGAUAUUUUUUCUAUUUAUUAUGAUGCCCACUAAGGCGAUGAGGCGACAUAGUAACGCACUGGCUGAAGCUGGACCUUACCACAUUCAUCAUAAUGUGAAUCUAGACUUCUAGUGAUUAAUCUGGCACUUGACGUCUACCCUCGACAUAAGAGAGUAUAAAGUCAUGGUCGCCCAAACCCCGCUUGGCCUAUUGGGCUGUUUGACAAAGUGGAAGUAGACAUACCGCGAAAAUGUUGGCUGGUUUCUUUCUCCUGUUGACAGGCUUCGCCGCUGCCCUGCCAGCUCACGAUGUAUCCGUUUCGGGUUCAGCUUCCAAGACUCUGACGGCUAGACAAAGCUUCCCGAGUACUUUUAAAUGGAGUUCGAGCGAAGCCCUCGUCGGUCCCAAGAGCGAUGGCCGUAAUAUUGCUGGAAUCAAAGAUCCAUCCAUCAUCUUCUACGAGGAUAAAUAUCACGUCUUCGCUAGCACGGCGUCAUCACCUGGCGGGUACAACCUGGUGUACUUUAGCUUCACAGACUUCGCAGAGGCGGGCAAUGCGACGUUUCACUACCUGGACCAGAGCCCGCUCGGAAAGGGGUAUCGCGCAGCUCCCCAAGUGUUCUACUUCGAACCACAAAGCCUCUGGUACCUCAUCUACCAGAAUAACAACGCGGCCUACUCCACCAACAAAGAUAUCAACGAUCCGUCUGGGUGGACAGCACCGAAGACAUUUUUCAGCAAUGUACCAUCAACUAUCAAUAAGUACCUUAGCGGUGGCUAUUGGGUCGAUAUGUGGGUGAUCUGCGAUGCUGAGAACUGCCAUCACUUUUCAUCGGACGAUAAUGGUCAUCUCUUCCGUGCGCAAACAUCUGUGAGCGACUUUCCUAAUAAGAUGGGCGAACCGGUCGUUGCGCUUCAGGAUUCGAAGAAUGCGCUAUUCGAAGCCUCGAACGUGUAUAAGAUAGGUGAUAGCGAAUACCUCUUAAUAGUUGAGGCGAUUAGUAGUGAUGGUGCGCGAUGGUUUCGAUCAUGGACGUCGGAUAGUCUAUCUAGGAAAUGGACUGCUCUCGCGGCUACCGAGUCCAACCCCUUCGCUCGUUCGAACAAUGUGGCGUUUACUGGGAAAACUUGGACUAAGAGUAUCAGUCAUGGAGAGAUGAUACGGGACAAAGUGGACCAGACGAUGACCAUUAGCCCGUGUAAUCUGCGUUACCUUUAUCAAGGUGUAGACCCAUCUGCCAGUGGCAAUUAUAAUUCUUUGCCAUGGAAGUUGGGUCUUCUUACGCAGACCAACUCGGCUUGUUAGGAUUGAAGGUCAUCCCAGAUAGAAGUCAUAGAAACAAUAUCCUUGUAUAUCGAGUUAACAUACCGGACCUACUCAUGAUCAUAAUCGUCUCUUAGAAUUCCUAAUAUUUCUGGAUAAUGCAUCGUAUCACCUGUGCUGUUUGCACCAUCGUGAACCCAGAGUGAGAUACCUAGGUAAUGCUUAGUUUAGAAAGCAGGC